AUCAGAAAUAAAUAUAUGAAUGAAUAGGAAAUCAAAUUAGAUAUCCAUCAGAAAUGAAUAUAUGAAUGAGAAAUCCAACUGAUCUCAUCUGUGAGGUGUCCAAGUGCAUGCACACCAUCCAUCCAUCCAUCCAUCCAUGAUGAAUGCCUCCAAUCUCAACUGAAAGCAACCCCAACGCUGCAGAGUGCAGAGCACCAAACUUAGAGCAGGUGCCCUGUCCUCCUCCUCGCCCAUGCCAUCGACCAUCCAUCUCUGCGACUGCUAGCUUUCCCUCUCCUUCACUUGCUUCGCUUGAAGCAUCAUCAACCAGACCCCAAGAUCAUAUAGCGCUAACCACACAGGACCCAGGCCUUGGCAAGAAGAGGAGGAAGGAGCUGAGCAAGAAGAGAGGCAGUCCAUGUCGAGCCCCAUGCACGCCCGCAAGGCGAUCCACCUCGCCUCCCUGCGGGCCAAGCUCAUGCAGGGCAAGGGCGGCCUCGCGCUGCGCCUCCUCCUCGCGGCCUGCCUCGCCGCCUUCCUCCUCGUCUUCGCCGCCCGCACCCUCUUCUCCCCUUCCCCCUCCCCGUCGCUGUCGUCGCGGCAGCAAGAAACGGAGUGCGGCGGCAAGGUGCCGGCGGCGGUGGCGGAGGCGCUGGUGCACUACGCGACGUCCAACACCACGCCGCAGCAGACGGCCGACGAGAUCGGGGUCUCGCUCCGCGUGCUGCGGCGCCGGGCGCCCUGCAACUUCCUGGUGUUUGGGCUGGGCCUCGACAGCCCCAUGUGGGCGGCGCUCAACCACGGCGGCCGCACGGUCUUCCUCGAGGAGGACGCGUCCUGGAUCACCUCCGUCCGCGCCAAGCACCCGAGCCUCGAGUCCUACCACGUCGCCUACGACACGGUCCUCACCGACGCAGACGCGCUCCUCGAGCUCCGCGACCACCCCGGCUGCACGGCCCAACCCGACCUCGCCGCCGCGACGGAGGCGUCCUGCCGGCUCGCCUUGAAGGGCCUGCCGCCUGUGUUCCACGAGCUGGAAUGGGACCUCAUCAUGGUGGACGCGCCGACCGGGUGGACGCCGCAGUCCCCCGGCCGCAUGUCCGCCAUCUACACCGCCGGCAUGGCGGCGCGCGCGCGGCGCCCCGGCGACGGCCCCACUGACGUUUUCGUGCACGACGUCGACCGCCCCGUGGAGGACGCCUUCUCCAAGUCGUUCCUGUGCGAGAGCUACCUCGCCGAGCAGGUUGGCAGGAUCAGGCACUUCGUCAUCCCCAGCCACCGGGAGAAGGACGGCAUGCCGUUCUGCCCUUGAGCAGUUGACCAAUCCAUGGCCUUGCUUUUGCUUUGCCUUUACCUUUGCUUUGUUUCCCAGCAGGAAAAUUCACCACCAGCCAUCUGGAAUCGAUUCUUGAUUCUUUGUGUUCUUCUGCUACUAGUAUAUUAGCAGCUUUGGUCAAGGAUGUUUCAUGGUAGAAUUUUAGGGGUCACACCCUAUCGGAAUCGGGAUUGAGUUCGGAGGCGAUGGCGCGUUUGCGCAUUGCCGUCCGAUCGAAAAAUGGACGCGUCGGAUCGGGUGUAACUCUUCAUUGUUGCGAACGCGGUUCUUGGUGGUUACUUAUUUUUUUCGUUUUGGAUCAGACGGUUUUCGCUUGAUGGUGGCAGAUCAAGAGUUGAAAUUUAUCACAGGUGGAUACAGGCAACUUAUUAUAUAUUCUUGGAUGUUCCUAACA